GUCACCGGCUUACCAAAUCGAAUCAAUAUAAAUCAUGAGUAUCUGAUAGCAGGUUGGUUUGAUAGAGCGAAAUGGGCGUAGAGGAUUCCAUUUCCGCCGGGGUUGUGGCGGUGAAACCGAAUCCCCAAAUGGGACUGACGUCAAAGGCCAUUGAUUGGUUGGAGUGGGCGGUCGUGAAGUUGAUGCAUCAUUCAAAGCAGCCUCUUCACUAUCUCGCCGGCAACUUUGGCCCCGUCGACGAGACUCCCCCGCUCGCCGAUCUCCCCCUCCACGGCCUUCUACCGGAAUGCCUCAAUGGUGAGUUUGUGAGGGUUGGCCCAAAUCCAAGGUUCGCUCCGGUUGCUGGAUAUCAUUGGUUUGAUGGAGAUGGAAUGAUUCAUGGUAUGCGCAUCAAAAAUGGAAAAGCAACCUAUGUCUCCCGCUUUGUGAAGACCUCGCGACUUAAACAAGAAGAAUAUUUUGGUGGAUCAAAAUUUAUGAAGAUUGGUGACUUGAAAGGAUUCUUUGGACUGUUCACAGUUUACAUGCAAAUGCUAAGAACGAAACUAGAAGUACUGGAUGUUAACUAUGGAUUUGGUACAGCUAAUACAGCUAUGGUAUAUCACCAUGGGAAGCUUUUGGCGCUUCAUGAGGGAGAUAAACCUUAUGCCAUCAAAGUUUUGGAAGAUGGAGAUCUGCAAACGAUUGGCAUGCUGGAUUAUGACAAGAGACUAUCACAUUCUUUUACUGCUCAUCCUAAAGUUGACCCGUUCACAGGGGAAAUGUUUACCUUUGGCUAUUCUAAGGAACCACCAUACGUCACAUACAGAGUCAUAACAAAGGAGGGUGUGAUGCAGGAUCCAGUGCCAAUAACUAUACCUGAACCAAUUAUGAUGCAUGAUUUUGCCAUUACUGAAAACUAUGCGAUUUUUAUGGAUCUACCAUUGUACUUCAGGCCAAAGGAGAUGGUGAAGGAAAAGAAGUUCAUUUACACUUUUGAUCCUACUAAGAAAGCUCGUUUUGGAGUUCUUCCACGAUAUGCUACAAAUGAGAUGCUAAUCAGGUGGUUUGAGCUUCCAAAUUGCUUCAUAUUUCAUAAUGCAAAUGCUUGGGAGGAAGGAGAUGAAGUUGUUCUGAUCACUUGCCGACUUCAAAAUCUUGAUCUUGACAUGGUCAAUGGCAUUGUAAAAGAAAAGCUUGAGAAUUUCCCAAAUGAACUGUACGAGAUGAGAUUCAACCUCAAAAAUGGUUUGGCUUCUCAGAAAAAGUUAUCUGAGUCAUCCGUUGAUUUUCCCAGGGUUAACGAAAGCUACACUGGAAGGAAACAACGAUAUGUAUAUGGGACGGUGCUGGACAGUAUUGCUAAGGUAACUGGAAUUGUGAAGUUUGAUUUACAUGCUGAACCAGAGAUUGGAAAGGAAAAGAUUGAAGUUGGAGGGAAUGUUAGUGGUCUCUUUGAUCUUGGACCUGGAAGAUUUGGAUCAGAGGCUGUCUUUAUCCCUCGGGAGCCUGGCACUGCAUCCGAAGAAGAUGAUGGCUACUUGAUUUUCUUUGUCCAUGAUGAAAACACCGGGAAAUCAGCUGUGAAUGUAAUUGAUGCAAAAACAAUGUCGCCUGAUCCUGUUGCUGUGGUUGAACUUCCUAGAAGAGUUCCAUAUGGUUUCCAUGCCUUCUUUGUGAACGAGGAACAACUCCAAGAACAGGCAAAGCUGUGAUGAGAUUAGGACGAUUCUUGGUCCUCAAAACAGAUAUGGGAGUGGAAGUAUUAUCUACUGACAGUCUGACACUCAUUCACUGUUGCAAGAAUAAACACAAACACUUCUUAUUAAAGUUAUAUAAUAUUACUGUAAUUUUGGAAA